AUGCUUGAAGAUGACAGCGAUUCAUUCAUGUCAUUCUCAACUGAAAACACCUUUUUAAAGUACAACAUUAUGUACCUCAUGGAAGACACGGAGAGCAGGAUGCUGCUCUAUGCUUGCCAAAAUUGUGACUACCAGCAGGAAGCUGACAAGAGCUGCCUCUGUGUCAAGAAGAUCAUUGCUGUCAACAAAUUGACACAAAUCAUCAAGCACAUUUCUCAGGGCCUGGUUUUACCCACAACAGGGACUGCUGUUAUCAGAAGACAAGACAUAACAAAGACAUUUUCUUCUGGUCUUAUUGCACAACACCUGAGAACACCGUAA